CUCUUUCCGCCAUUUUCGUACUAGCUUGGCGGUGUCAUCGGAAAUAUUUUAAUUAUUUACAUUUACCUAUUGAAACGUUCUUCCAAAUACUAAAAUUACGUGUUACAACUACGAACCGUGCUUGUAAUAUGUAAAAGAUUCUAACAGACUACAUAAAAACAAUAAUCUUCGUCUAACCUAAAUAUGGACGAGGAUAUUUUUCCCGAAUUAUGCCUGAUGAAUACGAAGAAAACGUAUUCAAAGACACCUAAAAAGCAGGGAAACGCACCUCCUGUGUCUAAUAAUGUUAAAGAAGCUUCUAAACCAUCAGGAAAGGUCUCGGAACUUGGUGAACCGUUGACUACAAAAGUGGCGGUUGAGUAUUUGCUGAGUGGAAAACUAAAAUCGAAAGUAUGUCGUUAUUGCUUGAGAAUAUCACCUGGUUUGUCCGAACUGGAUCAGAUCAUGCAGAUUGCGGGCACAGGAGCCAUUUAUAAAAUAACAAUCAGAGAGAUGAUAGCUUGUUUCUAUCCUUUCAAGGUGAGCGAGAACCAAGAAUUCCCAGAGAGCAUCUGUCAGAAGUGUGUUGACAAAGCGUUAAACGCAUAUCUCUUCACACAGCAGUGCGAACAAGCGGAACGCGCUCUAAACAACUGUUUCAUAGACAUGGACGAAAAACUAACAAAACUAGACCCCAUAGAUAGACCGAAAAAACGAGGCAGACAGAAACUAAAACCGAACUACAACGUUUUAUAUGCUGAACAUAAAAAAGUAAUGGAUUACGCCGAACCUAUUAGACACCUCAUCAACUUACAAACAGAAUCAUUGAGCAACGAACCCGAUUGGAACGAAUUUGAAUGCAAAAAGUGUUGGCAAGUACUCCCUAACUUAGAAACAUUGCUGAACCAUGAAAAAUUGCAUCCGAAAACCAUGUGGUACCACUGUCGGUUAUGCGGUAAAGCUUUUAUAAAACAUAACCAAUUGAAAAAGCAUCACACACAAGUCCACGUUCGUGGUAAACAGAUGUCAGAAGCUGAUAAGACAUUUAAAUGUAAAGAAUGCGGUAACAUAACAGAGAAUUACGAACAGCAUUUACAGCAUAUAGAAAAGCAUAAGUUCAAAAGUGUCAUGGAACAUUUGAUUGAGAAGAAAACGGACCAACUGUGCCUAAUUUGUCUGAAGAAGUCAAGCAACUUAGUGGAGUUGGAUAAAAUGGUCUGCAUUCAUGGAAGUUGUCCUGAACUGGUGGGGGAUAAAACACUGUAUACGGUGCUAGCUUCUACGCUGCCUGAUAUGCUCUACCUACACAACUUCAUUGGGACAAAAAUAUGCGAACAGUGCCUUAACCAUGCGAUCACUUCAUACGUAUUCAUUCACCAAUUUAUCUUCACUAGGGAACGUCUAGAUUUAUGCAUCGGUCUUAUGCUAGAAAACCUUAAGGAUAUCGAACCCCAUACUAAUGUUUUUGUACAAGUUUCACCCCCCGUUAUCAUGGCACCCCCAGAAAUUGAUGAAACGUUACUUCUAGAUGAGAAUGAACCUAUAGAUGAAACUAAACUAAAAGUAGACGUUCUAGAAGAUGAAUUUAGACUGAAAUCGGACAGUGAGAGCGAAGAAGAUAGACCCGUUGAAAUGAAACCUGAUGUAAAAACUGAAUAUAAAGUAGAUUUAACUCCAAUACCAGAUAUAGAGAAUUUAGCUAGAACGGCAACUAAAACGUAUAGAAAUAAGAAAUUAGUUAACGGCUUACAGAGUAAUAGUAAUAACAAAUACCCGGUAGAUGUUUGCAGCGAAUUUUUGACAUUCAACAAAAAGAAGAAAGUUAAAAAGGUUUUAGUUAAAUACACUUGUCCAAUCUGUAGCAAACAUUUCAUAUCCGACUAUUUCCUAAAAAGACAUAUUUUGAAACAUGUUAGUAAAAAAGUUCAGUGUAUUAUCUGUGCUAGUAAGUUUAAGUCUAAAUUCUAUUUGUAUGAACAUACUAAGAUGGAACAUUUGUUGAAACAGAGCUUUUAUCUGUCAUGUAGGAUAUGUGGGCGGACUUAUACUGAUGUGCUGAAGCUUCAGACUCAUGAAAGACAACAUUAUUUGAAAGCUUGCCAACUGUGCAAUAAGGUCUAUGCAACUCAAGCUCAUUACGACAACCACAUACAAAGGCAUUCAACCAAAUUAAAAAUGUUAAAAGACAAACGAGCCCAAACGUGCAGUUUUUGCGAGAAAGAAUGUUCAAACGACAAUGAACUCUCGCUCCAUGUAAAUAAAAUACAUUUACAAAUUAAGCCUUAUAACUGCGACAUGUGUGAAAGACAGUUCUAUACUGAGAAUAAUUUGAAAAAUCAUAAAAAGGUACAUGGUAUGCCUUCGAAGGAAAACUGUGUUUUCUGUGGCAAGAUUCUUAAAAGUAGAAAGCAAUUAGUUAUUCACGUGAGAAAACAUAUAGGAGCUAAACCUUUUUGCUGUCAAGUUUGUGGACAAUCAUUUUAUUCAGUUUCCAAAGUCAGAGAGCAUAUGAAAGUCUACCAUGGAGGCCAAUUUUGCUGUAGAAUUUGCAAAUCUAUCUUUUCAAACAAAUUUGAACUCAAAAAACAUGUUAACAAGGAUCAUAGCGUCAUUUAGCGGGGAUUCAAGCCAUUUUUUGGCUUGAAUUUUUAGUAGCAAAAUUGCUAUUUGAAUUGCAAAUAAUAUUAUUGAAAUUGCUAUAAUAAUCAAGUUAUUUUUAUAAGUUACUCAAAUGUAUUGUAAAGUACACAGAUUAUAUUUGUAAUGUCCUUAAACUUGGACUAAUUGUGGUUUUAAUUAUGAUUUGGAUGAUGCAAUAAUAAUUCAUAGUACACAUUCAAUUUAAGAAGAUACGUGCCUAACAAGCUUUCACUGGAAACUGCGCCACGCCAAAACAUAUUUUUUAAAUGGGGUUAUUUUUUUAUUGAUGUAAUAUUAUGUGUAAUAAAAGAAGGUUCUAUGCAGUAAGUUUUAUUGCAUCUCGCUCUCACUCGUCCUGAAAUUAUAAAUAUGGCAGCCCUAGUCGCACGGUAUUACCAACGUAAAAAAAUAGUUUAUCCCAAUUUAUAUUAAAAAUUUCAAGCUUCAUGAUUAGCCAUAGUAUACUUUUAUUUGUAAAUACUUGAAAAAUAUAUGCAAUAAUCGAAAUUUUUUAACAUAAAAAUGUUACUAUUGUCAUGGUUGUUUUUGGUACAAUAUUGUUUACCAAUUACGGUAAGUUGCACCAUUUAACUAUAAUCAUAAUUGAAUUUGACCAUCAAAACACCGAUGUGACCAAUGGGAGGCGGGUAAACGGCUGGUUAUGGAUUGCUUAUCGUUAUAGUUUUUAUAAUUAGAUGGAGCAACUCACCCUUAGCUAAGUAAAUAAUGAACAGUAAACCGACCAAAAAGCUUAAUUAGGUUCUCCGAUAUGUAUGUAUGCAUAAGUUUUUAUUGGUUCCAAUUUAAAUAGAUACUUACAAUUUAUCGAAAAUGCCUUAUAUUGUAAGAAAGACAUAUAAUACCUGAUGAAAAUAAUAUAUGUUAAAAUUGGUUCAUAAAUUGCUGUAUACGUAAAAUCACAAACUAUAAUAGUAUUUGAUAAGUUAUAUUUGCAAAACUAACUGUUAUUUCUUUGCAAUCUAUAAAGCAAACCAAAACUUCUUAUCGCACUUUCUUUAUACUAACCUAGGCCAUGUUGCGCUUAUUGCGCUAACUUUUGUAAUAAUUGCGCAAAAACUGCUCAACUAUUAUUGGAUUGCGCAAAAACUGCGCAACACUUUUGGAUUGCGCAAAACUAAUUGGGUUACUCACUAUUCUAUGUAAUUAAAUUUUCCUUUUUUAAAUAUUAAAUUAAUUAGGUGUCCGAAAUUGUCAUAGCAAUAAGUAUCGAUAUAGGUACUGCAGACACAAUAUUGUAUUAGAUUUAAGGUAUAUGUUAAUUGAAUAAAUAAAGAGGAUUAUAUUUACAUUGCUAGAAA